CAACCCUGGCUCGAGCGCUCAAAGAUGUUCCGGAACUUCAGACACAAUUUUAUAUGCGCGCAUCACAUUGUGGUAAAAAUCUUAAGAUCAUGAGGGCACGUUGACUUCCCCGCAAUUCCCGUGGGUGGCAUGAUUAUGGAAAGAGAAGGCGGGGAGAAUGCGGAGGCAAAAGAGACGAACGCAUGUUACGAGUGGAGAUUUGCCUUUCCCGAUAGGUCGUUGAAAAUGGACGACAGGCUUUACUUAUUUAUUCAACUACCAUGCCCCGGAUUCUCCAGGGCAAAUAGUAAAAUUCAAAUAUCUUCACGAAGCACAUCUUAUAUCAUGCGAGCAUUACGAUAUCACGGCCAGAAAGACAUCCGCCUGGAGGAGAUUGAGGAGCCCCAGGUCAAGCCGGGCUGGGUCAAAAUUGCACCGGCAUUUGUCGGCAUCUGCGGGACAGACCUGCACGAGUACCUCGGCGGGAACAAUCUUAUCCCGCGACCGGGCCAUCCGCACGUCCUCACCAAGGAGACGUCGCCGUUGACUCUGGGUCACGAGUUCAGUGGCGUGAUCGAGGAAGUCGGAAGUGGAGUUUCUGAUCUCGAGCCUGGCCAGAAUGUGUGUGUGCAGCCGACGUUGUACUGUAACGAGUGCGAUCCGUGUAAGCGGGGUUUGCAGAACUGUUGUGAUCAGGGGGGUUUUAUUGGGUUGAGUGGGUUUGGAGGUGGUCUAGCAGACCAUGUCGUGGUCCCCAAAUCCGCAGUCUGGAAACUGCCUUCCAACAUCGACUUGGAACUUGGAGCCCUCGUCGAACCCUUGGCAGUAGGCUACCACGCCGUCGAAAUCGCCCCGAUCCCACACCCCAUCCCCUCGGACCUCCCUAUCCUCGUCCUGGGCAGCGGCCCCAUCGGCCUCGCCGUAAUCCAAGCCAUCAUCGCACAAUGCUCCUCUCGCUCCUUCCCGCCCCUAAUCAUCGUCUCGGAACCCUCGCCCACCCGCCAAGAAUUCGCCCUCGACUUCGGCGCCCACCACGUUAUCAACCCUCUACGCACCGACCUAGUAUCCUCCAUCCAAUCUAUGACGCGUAAAGAGGGUGUGACCGUAGUCUUUGACUGUGCGGGCGCGCAGUCCGGCUUAGAGCAAGCCAUGAAGUGCGUUCGGGUGCGGGGGAGCGUGGUGAAUGUGGCGAUUUGGGAGAAUAAGGCCCAGGUCAAUGUGAAUGAUGUUGUUUUUGGGGAACGGGCGUAUAUGGGUGCUGCGACGUACGAUAAUGGGGAUUUUGGACGAGUGUUGAGGGCCAUGGAGCACGGGAGGAUUAGGCCGAGGGAGAUGAUUACGAGAAUAAUUGCGUUGGAGGAGGUUGAGGAGAAGGGUUUUAGGGGGUUGAUUAAGGAGAAGGAUCGGCAGGUUAAGAUUUUGGUUGAUGUGACGGGGAGAGGGAGGAAGGAUUCGGGGGUUGGGUAUUUGGAUUAGGGCCUGGGAAACGUGGUGUUGAUAAGAUUGAUGAUGUAACGAUGUAAAUAGGAGUUUCUGAUGUUUGGUUUAGCAACUGGGUCAAAGGGAUUGUCACAAUGGAAACCAGAGUAUCUUGAGAAUGCGACUUAAGUGUUCUAUAGGCCUGUACCAACCCUCAAAAACACCAUACCUUCAAAGAAAUUCCA